UUCAACAGGUGUCCAAGCUAUACAGAGCCUCAAAAUCUGACAAGUGUCUCAGAAUUCCUUCUAAUGGGACUCUCAGAUGAUCUGGAACUGCAGCCUUUGCUCUUUGGGCUGUUCCUGUUCAUGUACUUGGUCACCAUGUUGGGGAACCUUCUCAUCAUCCUGGCAGUCAGCUGUGACUCCCACCUCCACACCCCCAUGUACUUCUUCCUCUCCAACCUGUCUUUGGCUGACAUCGGUUUCACUACCACCACAAUCCCGAAGAUGAUUCUAGAUAUACAAACUCACAGUAGAGUCAUCUCCUAUGUGGGUUGCCUGACUCAGAUGUCUUUUUUUACUAUUUUUGGAUGUUUGGAUAGUUUACUCCUGACUGUGAUGGCCUAUGACUGGUUUGUAGCCAUCUGUGAACCACUACACUACUCACGCAUCAUGAACCCAUGCCUCUGUGGCUUGUUGGUUUUGGUGUCACUUUUCAUAAGCUUUUUGGUCUCCCAGAUGCACAAUUUGUUUGUGUUACAACUUACCUACUUCAAAAAUGUGGAAAUUUCCAAUUUCUUCUGUGACCCUUCUCAACUCCUCAACCUUGCCUGUUCUGACACCUCCACCAAUAACGCAGUCAUGUAUUUUAUUGGUGCCAUCUCUGGUUUUCUCCCUAUAUCAGGGAUCCUUUUCUCUUACUAUAAAAUUAUUUCCUCCAUUUUGAGAGUCCCCUCCUCAGGUGGGAAGUAUAAAGCCUUCUCCACUUGUGGCUCACACCUGUCAAUUGUCUGCUUAUUUUAUGGAACUGGCCUUGGGGUGUACUUCAGUUCUGCAGUCUCACUUUCUCCCAGGAAAGAUGUGGUUGCCUCGGUGGUGUACACUGUGGUCACCCCCAUGCUGAACCCCUUCAUCUACAGUCUGAGGAACAGAGACAUCAAAAGAGCCAUGCGGAGGCUCCUCAGCCAAACAAUCUAA